AGGAGCCGCCCUCCGGCAGCGCGCGUGCCCCGAACCAAGAUGGCGCCGCCAGCCUCAUCUGCCUGCGGCGCUCUGGUGGUGGGCGCGCUCGCUUCCCUGCUGCUCGCGGGGCCUGAGGGGCGGUAAGGGAGCUGGCCGGGACUCUUGACUUUAUCGCCCCUUAAUCAGCGCUUUGCUUCAGCCCGAUUUUCUCCUCCGUAGCGAGAGGGGGAAAGCUUGUAGCCAUUGCUCCCACUGCUCGUAGGAAGAAAGGUUAUCGGCUGUGACCUGCUCCUCUGCUUCACGGGUUUUGAGUAAACAGCAGCAGCUUGUAAAGAAGUGAGCUGAGAUUGACCAACCGUGAAGGAAGGAGAGGAUCCUGAAGCAACGACAAGCUCUUUGCAUCUGGCACCUGUCCCAGAGGACUGCUCCCAUACCAGUUCUGUUCCUAGUGGGACCAUGGACGGAGAGGAGACAUCACCAAGUCAUCACUCAGAAGAGAGCAGCAUAUUGGACCUCCCCUCUGUCUGUGACCUAGCAGAGGGCUUUCUGUCUCCACACAGCACUGAGAACAGUGAGGAACUUUUUAAUUUUGUGGAUACUUUUCCCUCUCCACUCACAGGAGACAGCAAUCUACCCUCUACAGUUCCUGCAGACUUUUCUGCUGGAGGCUCUGAGAAAGCAAAUGUGAGAUGUUAUCCAGAAGCCAGGAUGUGUGAGCACACUGAACCUAAUGAUGCUGCUUUCUCAAGUAUGCAUGAACACAAUAGUAUGGAAGAUGCAAGCAUCAGGAAAUCUCUCGAUAGCUUUUACAAAACAUACUGCAAGAAACAGCCAGACAGCAUGGAUCCCACCUAUGAGGCUGCAUCACAACAUCUUUUGAAGAAGAUUUCAGAGCUAGCAGACCGGGAUGGUACCAAAUAUGCAUUGCGUUGCCUGCAGAUGGCCCAGCUGGUCUUGAACAGAGACGGACGUGAGAUCUUUCCAAACCACCCCACUACUGCAUGUUUUUCCAAGCCUGCUGAGGGAGAAGUCAUGGUAGAGGACAGAAGGAGAACACCUGGGCUAUCAGAUGACGUCCUGCAAUUCCUCUUCAAACAAACACAGAUAGAAUGUAGCCCAGAUGUGCUGCAUGAGAAGUGAUCAAAAUGCUGGAUUGAUUAUGUCACCAGUGACUUUCUUGGAAAGAUACUGUCUCUCUUAGUACCACCUUUGACAGCCCACAUUCAAUGGAAGAGGGUUCAUAAGGAGCAGAUCUUGCCCACCUGAUUUCUGCAGGGUAGCACCAACUAAAAAGCAUCUGCAGUCCAAAUUCAGCCCCUGCAUAGGCAUGGAAGUAUGUCCAUGGGCUUUUGAAUAUACCAGAUGAUUGAACAAGCUCAGCAUGGUAUGCCCCAGACUUAAGGAAGUAAAUUAAAAUUUUGUUCUGUACCUGACUGAUACUGUACAGCCUUUGUCUCCAAGAUGGUAGCUGAAAGUUGGUGUGCCUACCAACAGACAUAUGAUCCCACGGGUUAUUAUUACAGCAUGGGUGAGUUUCUUCAACAGGAAAAACAUGCACACGUGAAUCAAAGGAACUACAGCUUCUGAACAGGUUAUUUUUUUACAGGAGGGGAAAAAAGAGAAAGCAAAGCAUUAUCACCUUAGUGAUGUUUCUAACGCCUCAGAUGUACUAGCUAAGCAGAAUGGGUUUUCUGCUGAUAUAUGUGAGCUGUUUUAAGAACAACCUGAAAUAGCUGCUUGAGCAGGAAGUCUGCAGAUGUGUUCAUAGAAUCAUGUUCAUAAAGAAACUGUGGAGUUGAUGCCUGCUGCCCUGGUGUUUGCCUGCUGUGAGAUGCAGAGAACCUAAGAAAAGCAGAGAUCACAUCUCAGCAUGGCUAAGACUGUGGUUUGUUUGGUUGAUUCUGUAGUAUGGCUCUCCCUGCCCAGUAGCCUCUGCUGAUUUCUGCUGUCAUGAAAUACGAGCCUGGAGCUUUUACAGAGAGGAAGCCAAUCUUUGAUGCUUUAGUACAACCUGUUGUCUUUAUUGACACUGCAAAAGACCUUGAGAUUACUUUCUUAGUGUGUUCCUGGAUGAAGUAAAAAAAAAGUUCUGUGUGAGUUUUGAACCAUGGGAGUGCUUUCUGUCCAGUUAAGGAUCAGCUGGCACUAGCAGUCUGCAGCGAAGACUUACUCCUUCUAACACAAUCUGCUGCUGCUUAUACCCAGAACUUUCUUGCUCUGGUUUUAGUUGGCAAAAUUACCACUGGCUGCAGUGAAAACUGGCCUAACACUGGUUUCCCAGCUUGGAUUGUGAUGACUCUGUCACUUACCAGAUGACAUUAAGAGGUGACUUGAAGGACUCA